CAAUAUUUUGAGCACUGUACCACUGAGUUUCUCUGAGACUUGAGUGGAUGGAACCGAAGCGCCCAUGAGCGCACGGGCGUUAAUAUUCACCCACUUUGUUCGCUCCAGGUCCGCUCUUACAUCCAACAUGGUUUCGCUUGCGCGAACGCUACGUAGCAUCAGGCGAGUAGGCUUAAAGGAAUGGUGGAGGCAGUUGCAAUAUAUUGGAGACGCUAAGUCUGGUAGAUUUGCUGGGGCAGAUCAGUUUGGUAACCGCUACUACGAGAACUUGAAUCCUGAGGAGGAAAUUCCUGGUCGUCACCGAUGGGUCGACUUAGCUCAGCAUGAUUAUAAUGCUACCCAAGUUCCUCCCGAGUGGCACUCAUGGCUCUCGCAUAUUCGCAAGGAUCCUCCUCCUGAAGACCGUGUGAUGCAGAAUCUGUCACCUCCGUGGAAGGGCGUAAGUAAUUUCGCGCCUAUCGUCAAUAUGCUCUGCUGUAACACUGUAUGCAGCCCUGGCUUGAGAACUUGACCGGCACCCCGGGUGCUUUCAAGACAUACAACACCACAGUGCCGAAAGUUCAGCCGUGGCAGCCAAAGCUCAUGUCAAGAGGAGGUCCAUCUGCGUAGAUGUCUAUGUAGUUAACAAGCUCAAUUUACAUCUUCCUCUACGAGUCUCUGUGCCCUUCUGCAUCACACAAUAUGUCAUCCACAACGUGUUCCGCGAUGGCCAAACUCGAUGUCAACCCGGGGCUCUCAAUACCCAUUAAGCUGAUCAUAGGGUUCGUGCGGUUUGUGCUACUACCAGUGACAGCGCCUGUAAAGGAAUGUGGAUAAUCCUUGCGAAAUACGAAGUCCUGGAAACCGCCCUGUGGGCCGACGAGCUUCGGUCUUAUGCCACAGUAAUCCGGUUGAAGCCCUUCAAAAGUGACGUUUGGUAGAUACUCUGUUACUGCCUCGUGCAUCAACCUCAGCCUCGUCUCGUCCGGUAUCAGAUGCUUCUCCCAAAAGUCUGGGUUUGACUCGUCUAGCGGGUUCAGCCAGUCCAAGUCUGGUCCAAACCUCACUUUCCCUUGCAUGUCAAGCGUAAGAUGAGUGCCGAGGGAUUGGAAACCAUGUUCUACUCUGCCGGUUCCUGGACAAGGAUAGAUGAGAUGUGAAACGUGGGAUACGGCUGAACCGUUAUAAGAUGCAUAUGAACCACGAGCGUAGUACAUCGCUAUGCGCUGGUCCUGCGGCACCAGUGAAUUGAGUAUCACGUUUGCGGAUAGACCGGAUGCGUUGAUCAGAGUCCUCGCCAACAAUGGAUCGCUCUCUUCUUGAUCACCUGUCACCGUCUGAACAACCCAACCUUCUUCCCUGGCAUCUCCGCUAGGUUGAUCCCGGACUAGAGACGAACCGUAAUAUGGAUCAACCCGGACAACCCUCGUGGAGUACACAAGCUCUCCACCUUCGGA